AUGACUGUGGUGGAAAGUCAAUGGCGCAGCUUUCUGCAACUUUACUACCAUCAACUUCGCCGACCAACCUCGUCCUUGAACAAGAGACCCAAUUCUUCUCCCUUCGGCAAAUUCAAUCUCCAUGCUGCCAUUAUACCGGCUAUAUCACCUCUUAAGCAAUUCCUCUCACUUCUCACGGUCUACCAUGUCAUACUCGGCCCCCCUCACCACUACCAAAAUGCGCGUCCCACCCAUCGAUUCUCUCCAUCUCCCAAUUUGGAGGUCACGUGCACCAUCCUCUUGCUCGAAUCGACUUCGAGCCCUGCGUCUUCGCGGCUUUCCAUUGCAAGCGAGCGACUCAAAUACGGCUGCUGCAUAAUAUGCCACCCCCAAUUCCCAUCGUCGGCGCAUCCGAAACGAUUUUUACAAUCGCCUCCAUCCUAUGGUCUUUUCAGUCAGUUCGAGGGAUAUCGGAUCUGGCGUGGACGAGCAGUACCGCUGGCCUUCAUGGCCCUAAAUCGACAACGACACAUGGCCCGCUCAGUCUUUUAUAUCUAA